CGUUAUACUGUACACAGAAUCACAGCUGCAGAGGGUCAAUUCAAGCUUUGCAAGGUUAAGGCUCUGCACGUUGCCAAGAAGAAUAUCCCAUACAUCACUACCAAUGACGGACGCACCAUCAGAUAUCCUGACCCACACAUCAAGGUGAACGAUACUGUCGUCAUCGACCUGACCUCCAACAAGAUCACUGAUUCGGUAAAGUUUGAAGCUGGAAACCUGGCCAUGGUUACUGGAGGACGUAACGUUGGUCGUGUUGGUGUGAUUGGACAUCGUGAGAAACUGCCUGGUGCUUUCGACAUCACCACAUAA